AUGCGAUUGCGUCGAGGAACACUGUUUCAAUCGAUUCCAGCUAUUGAUCCACGUUUACUUCAAGAUAAGCAACAUCAUUUGUCAUGGAUUAUGUCCGAAUUUGUUGCCAUUACAGCGGCAGCAGCUGCUCGAAUAUUAUUUGCUAUUCAUGUUAUACCAAGUGUAUGGUUCCUUGAGCUUGAUCUUGCUGAAAGACGAUCAAAAUUUAAUGUAACACAAGCACUUGGUUUAAUCCCUAUAUCACAAGGAAAUCCUAAUAUUGAUACUGAAGAUACAUUACCACUUGUUCCAUGGAAAAUUCCAGCUGAAAUGUGGACACAAAUUGUUGAACAAACACUUCUUCUUGUUCUUAUUAUUGGACGUUGGUUAUUACCUGUCGGAAAAACAAUGACACGUGAUCAACUUUCUCAAUUAUUACUUGUGUAUAUUGGUACAGCAGCGGAUAUAAUUGAAUUAUUUGAAGCAUUUAAAGAACAUGAUGUUCAACGUAAUUUAACUAUAAUACAUCUGAUUUUAACAGCUUGGUCAAUAAGUUUAAUGCAAUUUACACUUGUAGUUACAUCAACAAAAACACGUAAAAAACGUACAAAACGUUUUGGACAAAUAGAUUCUACAGAAAUUGAAACAUGUUUUGGUUGUCGAUUAUUUUGGGAAACUGAAUUAUGGGCUCUUUCAACUACAAUUCUUUUACAAGAUGGUCCAUUUCUUUGUCUUCGUCUUGGUUUAAUAAUUCAUUAUAAAAUAAUUUCCCAAUCAAAUGUAUUUUUUACAACAAAGAAUUUUCUUGUUGUUCUAUUACAAUUUUAUCGAGUUUGUGUUAUUAUAAUUGAACAUCGAAAACGACAUUUAUUAGCACGUUUAAAUGAUACUAAUUCAAUAAAUCAAAAAUCUAAUCAUUUACCUGUUGUACCACGAAAAUCCUCUAUAGCACGUAAAAAACGAAUUGGCUCUAUAAUAACAACACCAAGGGGUAGUAUACUUUUACAAUCAAAUUCAAUGACAAAUCUUCGUCCCAUUAGUAUUAAUGGUGAUCGUGUUAGUUUAGAUGGAAAUUCAGAUCCAUUACCAAGACGAAAACGUUCAUCGGCGGUAAUUAUAAAUCCGUCAUCAUUUCUAUCGGCAAGAUCAACAAUGUCACAUUCCAAAUCAUUGACAAUUGUAGAACAACCAAAUAUUAGUUUGACUAAUCAUAAAAUAUGUACAGAAGUGUAA